CAUAGUUGAAGAACUGCCACUGCACCUAGAAAAACAAGAAAAACAAGAAUUUGAAAGGGUAAAAGCUACUGUCACUGGCACUAAAGACAAGCUAAGAGGCACAGACAUGAGGCAUCUAUGCGCUGUUCUUGGAAAGCAAAUGAGAGGUGUCAUGUCUGAGAAACCACAAACAGUCUUUGAUACUCUAACAGAAGUGUCAAGACUAUUGUAUAGCCACCCAAGCAAAAGAUGUCCAAGAGAUAUUUUGUGUCUCCACAACCAGAGCUUCCUUCAUGCCAUGACUUUGAAAGAGGUUAUCAAGGAAACAAAGUCCUUGACCAAUCGAAAGCUGUAUGGGCGCUACUUCCACUCUCUUGUUGUCCAUUCCCCAAUCCAGUCAAGACUGGUCAGUGGUCGAUCUGUAAAUACUGAACAGCAGGAGCCACUUUAACACCUUCUCUGCAAUAGCAGAAAAUACCUCGAGCAGACGUCCUGGUGAAAUAAUCACACCCGGCCUAGUUCGUAUGCAGGCUGAACUAAAGCUAGCUGACCAACACAGAAACACCUUGAGUGAACAAGUAUCCAAAAUCAACAGUAUUGCCAAGUCAUCAUCUGCACUAUCCAACUCAAUCAUUCCAAACAGAUAUAUUCUUCGACACCCUAAUGAUUAUCAGGCUCACCUGGAGCGCAUCUCAGAUUUUCUUUUGUGUGGAGAGGGUGUAUGGUGGAGGCAAGUUGCUAGUGGUGUGGAGUUUUUUGAUGGCCCCCAAGAGUUAGGUUCAAGGACAGCUGGUCCACCACUUCAUCACUUUAGAUCACAGACAAUAAAAUCAGAAAGAAGUUAUCUACAAGAGUGCUGGGACAAGUGCUUGAACAAUGAUAUUCCAAUUCCACACUACAAAGUCAAGAUAUAUGAUGAUGAUGGUGAUUUAAAAGUGAGCAAGCUCACUGGGUUUUUUAAUGAUGAUGAUAAAGAGGAAGAGGAGGAAGACAGAGCAGAGGAGUGUGAAGAAACUGAAGCUCACAUAAUAAGCAUGCAAGAGGAAGUGAAUGAUGAUGAAACUGAAGAGGAGGCAGACAUGAAGGGAUAUGAUGAAGACAUUGUAGACCUUCAGCCCCAGGAUGAAGAAGAAGUAAUUGAAGAGAAAUUAGAUGACCUGCAGACACAGUGCCACAUAAACACCGGCUCACAUGAGGCAAUUCAUCAGCCCCCACCUGAACAGCCUGUCCCUCACAACCAGUCUGUUAGUCAAGCUCAAUCAUCUUUUACUUCAAAAUCAACUUUGGCUAAUAAUGUUCUCAAAUGCAUCCCAAGUGAUUCUCAUGCUGUGAGAACUCUGGACAAGGCUAGGACACAAUUUAGAGAGCAUCCCUUUGAUAAGGAUAUCCAAAGGAAAUACGAAACCACACUGGCUAAAAUCAAAACAACAGUGCUCUCAGCUCAUUCCCAGCUCAAAGAAGAAGUAAUGCGCUGGGAAAAAACGUUCUUCCUUCGAAAAUGCACUGAACCCACAUCAGAUGACAUUUCUGAAGACCCCAAAAUAAGUAAAGUCAAGCAAAAAUUAUAUCUUUGUCGCAAACUACUAAAGCACUGGAAAAUCACUGCUUAAAAUUGUGAGCUUACAUUUCUGUGACUUUU